UCGGAUAUGGCAGAGACUAAAGGAAAUUCUUGUCCUGUACAACCAAGUUCCAAUGAAGCAAACAAAGCAAACGAGGUUAUUGAAUGUCCUUUUGGUUUUGGUACAAGAGCAACAAGUACUGAAUGGGAAAAAGCUAUAGCUCCUCUUUGCUGCCCACUUUGUCAUGCUUUGCUCUAUGAAACUCAGAGAGCAACACCUUGUGGACACUGUUACUGCAAAACGUGUAGCUUUAAAGUAAAGGACUGCCUCCUUUGUGCUGCAGAUAUAGAGGAAUUUGCGAAUGCAGCUGAUGUGGACUCAGACGUUGAAUCUUUCAUCCGAGCACAUAGUCAUAACAUAGAUUUGUUGCAAAGUGAUCAAACUCCCAGUACUCAAACGUCUGAAAGUGAGACUGACGUGCUGCUGAAAAGGACAACUUUUUUGCUCUAUCAAGCUUUGAAAGCACAAAAGGGGGGUAACUCUGCUAGUGCCCUAAGCAGACUCCAGCAAGCUGAGUCGGAAUUGAUGCAUAAGAAAGAACAGAGUUGUGUCAAUCAGAGGUCCAUUAUUCUGGGCAAACUGAGCGAUAUACUGUACGUGUUCUCUUUAUGGUACAUUUGCACUGACUUGUGCGUUAGAUGCAGUGAAAACGAACCUGGAAAAGCAGCCAAGUACAUUGAACAAGCUUGUUUGCUGUUGGAGAACGACCUGUCAACAGGAGAACAGCUAUAUGAAAAGGAACUUUUAGGUGUUUUAUCAACAUCCCAUGGAAAAGCUGGUGAUAUUUAUGCUCUCCUUGAAAAUGAUGACCUCGCCAUUAGUCAUUAUUCGAGAGCUGUUGCUUUGAAAGAACAGCUAAUCGGCUUAGAUGCUAAUGCAGAUACCUCCAUGAGCUUACAAAAAGCCUUGUUAUUGACGAAAUUAGCAGAAAUUCUCAACUUAGCAGCUAGAAAGCGUGCAUAUGAUGCUCAAAGGGUGGUUGAAUCCCUUGGACAAUUAGAUCAUUCAACUCUUAGCGAGAGAGACCAGAACGUAGUAGAAUAUGUGAAUAAUUCAAUUGCUUUCAUUUUAGGCGAAUGAAAUCCAAGUAUUUUACAUAAAGUGGUCCUUGAAGAA